CCUCGGCGGGGAUGUCUUCUCACGUGUCCCAGGUGAGGACCCUCUACAAGAAGAUCUUCCUCCUCCACCGCACUUUGCCCCUCCAUCUAAAAGCUCUGGGAGACCAGUACGUGAAGGAGGAAUUCAGAAGACACAAACAUGUCAGUCCUGCAGAAGCCAAACUAUUUAUGAAGGAGUGGGAGAAUUAUGCUGCGGUGCUUUGGGAACAAGCCAAGUCCAGUCUCCAUAAUCCAGAGACAAAAGGGAUGCAGUACGGAGCCAGCCUGUCAGAAGAAAAACUUGAUUUAUUAAAUGCAGAGCAGAUCGGACAGUUACACGAACUCAUGCAGGAGGCCACUAAACCAAAGCGACAGUUUGAGGUGGCUGAAGAUUCUGGACAGAAGACAUAGACUGCACGGAA